CCCGACAUCGACGACGCUUCGCAAUCGUGCAAGCAGAAAAUGAAUGUGCAGGCGCUUUCCCAAGCGCCGUUCCAGCGAGACAUCGACAGCGCCUUCGCGGACUUCAUGGCAGCAGAGCGCUGGGAGGCCGAGCAGACGCCCGACGAGCUGAACAGUAGCAUGGUCAACGACUUUUCAAUUUCCGCUGCUGCGUGUCUGCCCCAGACCCGGCAGACGCCCAGACACCCAUGGAUCAACGACGUCACGCUGGAGCUGAUUGCAGCUAGGAGAAGGGCCCAGGCUGGGGGUCAUCUGGCACUCGAGAAGACUCUAAAUGGCAGGAUAGAGGCUUCCGUCAAGAUCGACAAGAGGAUCUAG